AUGGAGCCACCAGCCAUGCUGGAGGAUGAGAGUGCUCCAGAGAACAGGAGAUCCACGUACCUGAGGGUGGCUUUUCAUGCUCUCAUUUUUGUGUUGAUUAUUAUCUCAACCCUGGUCCCCAUCGGCUUCUGUUUGCUCUAUCAUCAGUUCAUCAGGGGAAGGCACAAGGAAAAAGCCCCUUUCUGUUAUGAGAGGGAGAGCGGAGCUGCUGUGCAGGAGGAGCAGGAGCUCCACGAGCAAAGCCCAAGCUGCACCGGGGGCCUGCUGGGCACACGGAUAUUGGAGCCUCUCAAGGCUCAUCACUUUUACAGCUCCUGGGUGUUAAUCACCAGCUCUCCAAGCAAACCCCAGGGCACUUUGAUCUGGGAGUGGAAAUUACACCACUGCAAGGGGAUUGUGCAGGGCCAAGGGGAGUAUCUCAUCAUCCAGGAGAGUGGCAGAUACUUCAUCUAUGCUCAGCUCAGCCGCAAGGAGCCCCAUAAGGCGCCUUUUUCAGUGAUGCUUUACGAAAAUAAAACAUCAACCCCGCUCAACAGUGCUGUGGGGGCUCUGAAUGGCACAGUCCACUUUGCAAGGCCCUUCCUCCUGAAGAAGGGAGACAAACUGUACUGUAAGAAAAACAAGGAGGACUACCACAAUCUGCUGGAGCCUCAGACUUAUUGGGGCCUGUUUAAAAUGUAG